AUAUUUUUUGAGGUCUGGGUUUUUUGAUCGGGUCGUUUGGGAUCUUGGGAUAUUCUUUGUUUCUGCUAGACUUUUCUAGGGGAAUAUUCUUUUUUUUUUUUUUUUUUUUCCCUUUUGAGGUACGGGAUAAAUUAUUUAAAUCAUCGUUAUUCGAUGCCUGUGUACUGUGUAGGUUUUGUAGUUAAAAUUUCCCGUAUUUAUUAAACAAAAAUACACUUAUGUCCUUAUAAAAAAAAAUAACCCCAUAUCCUUUCACUUCUCACCUUUAUCUUUGUUAAAUUAACAAAAAAAAAAGUCACCACUUAGGGAGAUCUAAAUUUAGGCUUUAUUCUAUUCGACUUAUUUUGUCUAAACUUUUAUUAUCUAAACUUAUAUGAAAUUAAAUGAACUUAUAUGAACUUAUUUUAUCUGAAAAACUAGUCUGAAAUAAACUUAUUUGUGUGUGAAAAUGUCUAAUUUUUAUUUUUAUUUUUUCUGAACUUGUAUUAACUGAAUUUACCUAAACAUAUUUUGUCUAAAAUAAGUUGAACAGAAUAGAGUCUUAGUUAACAAUUAUAAUAUACUUUAAUGGGUUUAAUUAAGUUUUAUUCAAUGAUAAUAAGUUCAAGUAAGUAAAUAUCAAGUGAAAGGAAUGUUAACUAACGAAUUGAAACCGAAAAAAAAAAAACUUGGUAAUUAAGGAUCAAACCCGGCCAAGACCUUGAAUACUCCGUAGUACACAAUAACACCUUAACUACUAUUCUAAUUUAUAUUUAGCUAACUAAUUAGUUUGGAGGUCAUAUUCCGUCGCUCACUCCAAAAUCGCCCAUGAGUAUAAACAUAAUCUCCAAUUGCCAUAUUAAAAGAUAAUAUUACAAUUUCUGCAUGAUUCUUUUCUUAUUUGAAAUAAAAUAUUUGAAUACAUUGUUCUUUGCAUUUAUCUGUGUUUAUGCAUAGAAGGGUAGUAAUUUGUUCUUUUUUACCCCUCUUAAUUUCACGCAAUUUAAAAAAAAAAAUCAAAAUAAUAUUGUCAUCAGUAAUCAAUUGAUCCUGCCUAUACUAGUAUCACUACAAAUACAGAGUAAAAUGACACAAAUGUUUGUUACAUUGGCAAUUUGUGCAACUCUACUCUUUGUCUGCCCUACUAUCUCUAAUGCAGAAAACAUCAAGACUCCCCUCUUCGUCUUCGGCGAUUCGCUCUACGACAUCGGUAUGUCUUUUUAUAGCGACGUUGAGGGUGCUGGAGCUAAGCAUUGGCCUUAUGGUGAGCAUUACUUUAAUAUACCUGUUGGGAGGUACUCUGAUGGUCUCGUCAUUCCAGAUUUUAUAGCUAAAUUUGCGGAUUUGGACCCUUUGCAACCAUAUUUGGUACCAAGGAUUAAUAGCUACGCCAAUGGUAUCAAUUUCGCCUCUUCAAAUGCUUGUGUGCUCACUGAAACUUGUGUAGAAGCGAUAAAUUUGAAGAUGCAAUUGCACUAUUUUGUCCAAAUGGUGCAAAAUUUGACCCAACAAGUUGGAAAAUCAGAGGCAAAUCGGCAUUUAUCCAAAGCAGUCUACUUGUUCAACAUUGGUGCAGAUGAUUACGUUACCCUCUUCCAAACGACUUUAAAAAAACGUCCUCUUUCCUUUUACGAUAAGAAUCUUUACAUGAAACAGAUACUUGGCAACCUCACCGUUCACAUCAAAACCAUCUACAACCAAGGAGGAAGGAAGUUUGCAUUCCAAAACGUUGGACCUAUUGGAUGCAUGCCAUCAGUGAAGUAUACACUUGAUUUUAACGGAACAUGUGCGCAAGAGCCGCAAGAGUUGGCUAGGAUGCACAAUGCUGCAUUUUCUGCAGUUGCCAAGAGAUUGCUUAGCGAAUUACCAGGGUUCAAGUACUCAAUAUAUGACUUCUAUGUUGCAUUACACCAGCGCGUCUUGUAUGGCAAUACAUAUGGUUUCAAGGAGAGUGAAAUAGCAUGUUGCGGGAGUGGAGCUUUCAAUGGUGACUACAGUUGCCAAAUGGAAGACCGAACCUUUUCACUUUGCAACAGUCUGAAUGAUUAUUUGUGGUUCGAUGCUCGACACCCGACUCAUAAAGCUAACCACCAAUUCGCUAAAGAAUUCUGGAGUGGAGGACCCGACGUUGUAGCUCCUUACAAUUUGCACAAUUUGUUUGCCAUGCCUUAAAUUUGGA